AUGAGCAAAGCAUAUCGCGAUGACGAAGCUGAAUGCUGUGAUGAAUACGAGCGUCUGGAGAAGCUCCUACGACAGACACUCACACUUGCCGGCGAGAUCGUCGAGAGCAAGGGGCGUCCUCUACCAGGCGAAUGCAUAGCCCUACGAAAGAGGGCAAUUUCCGACCCUACUGGAGCAAGGCCGCACGACAUUCGCAGUAGCUUGCUCAAAAGAAGAAAUGAUCUGGUUGACGACGAGAGCGAAGACAGUCAAAGCACAAGCCCAAGUCCGGCAUCCUCGGUCCAGGAACCGUUUUCACCCGCAUCUCUCGCAGUCAGCCUUGAUGCUGUUGUGGAGCAAGGAGGGAGAACUCAGAAUGACCUGUGUGUCCUUGACAACGCGUCAAAUACUUCUGUUGCCGCCCUUCUGGCGGAACCAACAAGCAAUAGAAGCAGCAUUUUAUCAACUGACGAGACCCAGCGAGGCUUAAUAGUACAGACUUUCCCGCCUCAAAAUUCUGCCGACGACAAAUCGCCGAAAAAACUGCAUCGCCCAUCUCUCCCACAAAAGAAUACCAGCAUGAUCGUACACAGUGGUCAGGAGUCGCUAGUGGAGCCAUUGAUGGAACCUUUUGCGCCACAGCAGCUUAUAGAAAACCCAAGGAAUGAGCGGCUGGGAAGACGCAGCACACCUAUCCAUGUGUCACCGCAGGGCUCGCCCACUGGUUUCAGGACCCCAAAAUCCCACCCAAACUCCGAUCCCGCACUGAAGAGACCGCAGAAGAUCAAAGGACAGAGCCUGGAAGGGGACAACAUGGCAGCGAACCAGUCUCGACCUCCCAAGUGGCAUGUCAAGAUCCUUCCCGUCGCCUCCGCUCGAAAAGCCGGCGACUCUGCACACCCGGCGCCCGCUCUAGUGAAAUUCGAGGUGGUCUUCCCCCUUAGAGCCUUCGCUGAAAGCAACGCCACGUCCUCACCGGCAUACAACAGUGAGCCUUCGUACAUAAUCAUCGGUCGGGUGCCACUUGACCAUUCCCCAGAAAGCCCCGGUUCCAGCGCCGAGGAAGAAGCCGCCCCUGCUGCUCAUGAGAAGUCGCUGCAGGAGGUCAUCGAUGAGUGGGAGUGCGAUGCUGAGGCACCAGGAGUCAAGGAGAAAAGAUAA